UUCAAUGCGUCGGGCAGAGCGCGGGCAGCAGAGGCUGCAGCGUGGAGCUUGGCGGCGCGAUGUAUCUUCGCAGAGCGGUCUCUAAGACGCUGGCGCUGCAGCUGAGGGCGCCCCCCAGCCCCGCGCCGCUCCGGAAGGACGCAUCUUUCCGCUGGAUGUCAUCUAAAAAGUUCCCUGGAUCGCCUGGAUCAAACAUGACCUACUAUCUGGUGGUAGGUGUCACGGUCAGCGCUGGUGGAUACUAUACUUACAGGACAGUGACAUCUGAGCAUGGCAAACACAGCGAACCUGUGGCAAAUCUGAAAGAAAAAACCAAAACAGAGUUACAGCCACUUGAAGGCGAAAAAGAGAACCCUGUGGAAGCAGAGCAAGCAAGUUCUGAAGUCCCUGAAGUAUGUUCAGUGGAAGCUCAGGUGGUGGAUGCUGAAGAAAGCUCAGAUGCUACAGUUGCCCCCGUAGCAGAGGCUGCAGCCUGUCCCGACACUGCGCAGCCUACUCAGGUGGAGACCCCCGCGGUUGGGGCCGAACCUGGGCCAGAGGUUCCAAAUGUGGCCACGGGCGAAACCGCCGAAGUCAGCGCCGAAGUCAGCACUGAAACAACCUCGGAGGUUACCGGUGCAGCUCCGGAUGAAGCCUUUGCCAUCGAUGAUGAUAAAGGUACAACAGAGAACGAAAGCUCUGAUGAAUGUGCUGAGCUAGAAGAAGCGAAUUCUCCAGCUGAGUCAGAAUACUCUGCUGGGGAUGCCUUAAAGGGAGAAGCCAGUGCUGGUGCUGAGGCCGCCGAGACCGCCGAGGCUCAAGAGGAAUCGCAUGCAGAUUGACACUUCAGCACAAAGUGCCAUAGAGACUGACAGGUGCUUUUGUAGUUUUAGUCAUCUUAGUUUUGGGGUUUUUUUUAAGGCGUCUUUUCUAGAAUACUUUAAUGUGCUUUGAAGAUUUUUGGUAUCUACUUGAUAGGUUUCAGGACUAAAGAAUUGGAGAUCUUACGUGUCUGAGGUCAAAAUAUGACAUUGCAGUGAAGAGCUUCAGAGACUCUCGCCUUGGGGUUUAAGUUUUGUGUCAUAGGAACUGAGCUAUCUGUACAACCUGCUUUCACUUUAACUUCUCUCUGCCUUCACCUCACCGCAAUGUAUGCACAUCUGGAUUCUUGAGUUUGGAUGUGAACUCGCUUGAAUAAAGCUGGAAUAUCUUUA